AUGAACACACCAACCAGGCAUACACAGCAACCAGGCAUACACAUUUCAAGCAAGCAUGCACACAGCAAGCAGGCAUGUACACAACAAGCAGGCAUGUACACAGCAAGCAGGCAUGCACACAGCAAGCAGGCAUGUACACAGCAAGCAGGCAGGUACACAGCAAGCAGGCAUGCACACAGCAAGCAGGCCUGUACACAGCAAGCAGGCAUGCACACAGCAAGCAGGCAUGCACGCAGCAAGCAUGCAAGUACACAGCAAGCAAGCAUGCACACAUCAAGCAGGCAUGCACAGAGCAAGCAAGCAUGCACACAUAAAGCAGGCAUGCACAGAGCAAGCAAGCAUGCACACAGCAAUCAAGCAUGUACACAGCAAACAGGCAUGUACACAGCAAGCAGGCAUGAACUAAGCAACCAGGCAUGCACACAGAAACCAGGCAUGGACAGAGCAAGCAAACAUGCACACAGCAAGCAGGCAUAUACACAGCAAGCAGGCAUGUACAGAGGAAGCAGGCAUGUACACAGCAAGCAGGCAUGA